UGGGCCCCCAUCUUCCAUCAUGGAUCAGACACGAUACGAAGAGGACAACUGUAAAAAUUGUGUUCUAGACUCACCUGUGCCUGAUUGUGCCAAGUCAGAGCCAUGUUGGCUAGGAAUAGACGAAGCUGGCAGAGGACCAGUCCUUGGCCCAAUGGUGUAUGGAAUUUGCUAUAGCCCAAUCUCUAUGAAAGAAAAGUUUGGAGAAAUGGGUUUUGCAGAUUCAAAGACACUGACAGAGGAACAAAGGGAGAAUAUAUUUGAGCGAAUGGACAAAGAAACAGACACUUUAUUGGGUUGGGUAGUGGAAAUUCUAUCUCCCACAUAUAUAUCUAACAGUAUGCUGAGCAGAACGAAAUACAACUUGAAUGCUCUUUCUCAUGAUUGUGCAAUCCGACUGAUACAGAAUGCUCUUGACAAAGGCGUGCAGGUCACAGAGGUAUAUGUGGAUACAGUUGGUGAUCCAAUGAAAUAUCAGACAAAGCUGAAACAGCUGUUCCCAGAAAUAGACAUAACGGUAGCCAAAAAGGCUGAUGCUCUCUACCCUAUAGUCGGAGCUGCAAGUAUAUGUGCAAAGGUAGCCAGAGACAAAGCAGUGAAGAACUGGGUAUUCUCUGAGGGUAUCAGGAUGCCAGAGGAUACUAGUUAUGGAUCUGGUUAUCCUGGAGAUCCAAACACCAAGAGAUUUAUGAAUGAACAGCUAGAUAAAGUGUUUGGAUAUCCUCAGUUGGUCCGAUUCAGUUGGUCAACGGCCUCACAGAUUAUAGAAAAACAGGGAUACCCUGUGGCUUGGGAGGACGAUGAUGAAGAUGAGGAUGAUGCGUCCAGGAACACACCAUCGUUGACAACUUUUUUCAGCAGGAAAGGAGAAGACAAGAACUUACAACGACACAAAUAUUUCAAGGACAGAUGUUUAAAUUCACUAAGUGAAUUGUAAAAAUAAAUUGGCUAUUUCUGCUAACGUUCUUCAUGAUUUAAAAGUACAUUUUUGUCAGAUUUCUUCAGUGAAAUGUUUACUGGAAAACGUUCCUUCAUGAGUAUUUUGACCUAACAUGAACAUCCUGUGUUAAAGUGACAUUUCAUGAACCAUUCAUUUUUUUUUACCUUGUUAACAAAAGCAGAGAAGAUGUAACCUUACCUCAUAGUAUCUCAUAGUUUACACAUUUAUGCAGUUUCUCUUUUGUAGAUAAUUUUUGCAUGAAUAUCAGUGAAAUUGAUGAAUGCUCCCCAAAAACAACUUUUUAGACACAAAAUUUUAACAGAGGACAAUCAUUCUGUAAUUUAGGGGUUCUUGGCCCAAAAUUAUGUAGACUGCACAUCUUCUUAUUAUGAUCAAUGUAAGCACUUAGUUUCCUUAUCGUACUUUAAAUAAGAGCAGAGUUAUUCCAAGGAUUCAAAAUUUUAACAAAGGGCAAUAACUCUGCAAUUAGGGGAUGCAUGCCUUGAAUUUAGAACACUGCAUUUCUUCUUAGUAAGACAGAUGUAUACACCAAUUUCAUUAUUCUGGUUUAAAUAAAAGCAAAAUUAUGCUCCAGAUAUUAAAUUUAACAAAGGGCAAUUACUAUGUUUUUAAGGGGCUGUGGGUCCUGACUUUGAUACACUGCACAUCCUCUUCGUAUGACAAAUGUACACGCCAAUUUUCAUUAUGAUAAUAUCAACGGAAGCUAACCUAUGACAAAAAACAAUAAUGGGAAAUAACUUUAAUUUAUUGGCUGUGGGUCCUGACUUUAAUUUAGUGUAUAUUACUAUAGUAUGAACCAUGCAUACACAAAGUUUUGUUAUCCUAGUCUAAAUCCAAGCAAAGUUAUGCUCUAGACACACAAAUUUUAGCAAUAACUCUGUAAUUUAGAAGUUUUUGCCCCUACCAUUCGUAAAAAAUGAAAGCAAUAAAAUUUGAAGUUUUAUUCUGAACACAAAAUUUUCACAAAGGUUAAACUUUUUUAAGAGAAUUAAUGGAAGAGUCUUGGGUGUUUUAUACAAAUUGUUAUCGUAGAUAAAGAAGAUGAUGUUUUCUGUUAUGUAACAGAAAAAGUUCGCACAUGCUUU